GGGGGGUGGGGCGCGGGGGAGGGGAGGUUCGUUCCGGGGAGCCGCAGCCAGAACCGGGUGAGGAUUAUCCCCCAGUUUCCCCAUCUCGGACCAAGAAUCCUUUCCAGCCCCAUCUGGUGCAGCAUUGGCCGAAACUACGGAGGAGAGUCCCCCAUUGUUGAUGUGUUUUCUUAUAGUCCUAUGUGGGCAUGGAAUCCUAGGAGUUAAGAGCUUCAAGAGACAUUUGAGAGUUAGGGUAACCCCCUCUGUUUGCAGAGAAGGAAACAGGCUCAGGUCGUCUGGAAUGGACACAAGUUCUGUGGGAGGAUUAGAAUUGACGGAACAGACUCCUGUUUUAUUGGGGACGACAGCCAUGGCAACUAGUCUCACAAAUGUAGGAAAUUCAUUUGGAGGUCCAACUAAUUCUUUAGUUUCUAGAUCUAAUAAGUUUCAGAACACAUCAGUAGAAGAUGAUGAUGAUGUUGUUUUUAUUGAACCUAUACAACCCCCACCAACUGCUGCCCCAGUGGUAUCUGAUCAAAGAAACAUCACUUUUCCAUCAUCAAAAAAUGAAGAGCAACAAGGAAAUGAUUCUAAACUUUCUUCCUCAAAAGAUUUGACUUCUCAAAAGGGAAGUAUAAGUGAGACAAUUAUCAUUGAUGAUGAAGAGGACAUUGAAACUAAUCAAGGCCAAGAGAAAAAUGCUUCCAGUUUUAUUGAACGGAGACUUCCUGAGACUAAAAACAGAACCAAUGAUUUGGAUUUCUCAGCUUCCAGUUUUUCAAGAAGUAAGGUAAAUGCAGGAAUGGGUAGUAGUGGUAUCACCACAGAACCAGACUCUGAAAUUCAGAUUGCUAAUGUUACUACAUUAGAAACAGGUGUAAGCUCAGUGAAUGAUGGCCAAUUAGAAAAUACUGAUGGGCGUGAUAUGAACUUAAUGAUUACACAUGUAACAUCACUGCAGAAUACCAACUUGGGAGAUGUCUCUAACGGACUGCAGUCAAGUAAUUUUGGUGUUAAUAUACAAACAUACACCCCAUCUUUAACUUCACAGACCAAGACUGGAGUAGGACCUUUUAAUCCUGGUAGAAUGAAUGUGGCAGGAGACGUUUUUCAGAAUGGAGAAUCUGCAACUCAUCAUAAUCCUGAUUCCUGGAUCUCCCAGUCAGCUUCAUUUCCCCGAAAUCAGAAGCAGCCUGGGGUGGAUUCUUUGUCACCAGUGGCCUCACUUCCUAAGCAGAUUUUCCAGCCUCCUUCACAACAGCAACCUACUAAACCAGUUAAAGUUACUUGUGCAAACUGCAAAAAACCUUUGCAGAAGGGACAAACUGCCUAUCAACGAAAAGGAUCUGCUCACCUGUUUUGUUCUACUUCUUGUCUUUCCUCCUUCUCACACAAGCCUGCUCCAAAGAAACUCUGCGUCAUGUGCAAAAAAGAUAUAACAACAAUGAAAGGUACCAUUGUUGCCCAGGUUGAUUCAAGUGAAUCCUUCCAAGAAUUCUGUAGUACUUCAUGCUUAUCACUCUAUGAAGACAAACAGAAUCCUUCAAAAGGACUUUUAAAUAAAUCAAGAUGCACUAUCUGUGGCAAACUAACGGAGAUUCGCCAUGAAGUAAGCUUUAAAAAUAUGACUCAUAAGCUCUGUAGUGACCACUGCUUUAAUAGAUAUAGAAUGGCAAAUGGCUUAAUAAUGAAUUGCUGUGAACAGUGUGGCGAGUACUUGCCUAGCAAAGGUGCUGGAAACAAUAUCCUUAUCAUCGAUGGCCAGCAGAAAAGAUUUUGCUGCCAAAGCUGUGUCAGCGAAUACAAACAGGUAGGUAGCCAUCCCAGCUUCUUGAAGGAGGUUAGAGAUCACAUGCAGGACUCCUUCCUGAUACAGUCAGAGAAAUAUGGCAAAUUGACAGCUUGUACUGGUUGUAGAACUCAAUGCCGAUUUUUUGAUAUGACUCAGUGCAUAGGUCCUAAUGGGUAUAUGGAACCAUACUGUUCAACUGCUUGCAUGAACACAUACAAGACAAAAUAUGCAAAAUCACCAAGUGUGGGAAUCAUUUGUCACUUUUGUAAGCGAAAUUCUUUACCUCAGUACCAAGCCACAAUGCCUGAUGGAAAACUGUACAACUUUUGCAAUUCCAGUUGUGUGGCUAAAUUUCAGGCUCUUAGUAUGCAGUCAUCACCAAAUGGUCAGUUUGCAGCACCAAGUGAUAUUCAGUUGAAAUGCAGUUACUGCAAAAAUUCCUUUUGUUCCAAACCUGAGAUACUGGAAUGGGAGAACAAAGUAUAUCAGUUCUGCAGCAAAACAUGUUCAGAUGACUAUAAAAAGUUGCAUUGCAUUGUUACGUAUUGUGAAUACUGCCAAGAGGAGAAGACCCUGCAUGAAACAGUGAAUUUCUCUGGAGUUAAGAGGCCAUUCUGUAGUGAAGGCUGCAAACUGCUUUAUAAACAAGAUUUUGCAAGACGUUUAGGAUUGAGAUGUGUUACUUGCAACUAUUGUUCCCAGCUUUGUAAAAAGGGAGCAACUAAAGAACUUGAUGGCGUGGUGAGAGAUUUCUGCAGUGAAGAAUGCUGUAAAAAAUUUCAAGAUUGGUACUAUAAGGCUGCAAGGUGUGACUGUUGUAAAUCCCAAGGAACUCUUAAAGAACGCGUACAGUGGCGGGGGGAAAUGAAGCAUUUCUGUGAUCAGCACUGCUUACUGCGUUUUUACUGUCAGCAAAAUGAACCUAACAUGGCAACCCAAAAAGGACCUGAAAACUUACAUUAUGACCAGGGUUGCCAGACUCCUCGGACAAAAGUGACAAGUUCAGUACCACCUCCUUCUCCAACGCCUAACAAAGAGAUGAAGAACAAAGCAGUUCUUUGUAAACCUUUGACAAUGACAAAAGCCACAUAUUGUAAACCUCACAUGCAAACAAAAUCUUGUCAGACAGAAGACAGUUGGAAGACUGAAUAUGUUCCAGUUCCUAUACCUGUACCUGUGUAUAUCCCCGUGCCCAUGCAUAUGUACAGUCAGAACAUUCCUGUUCCUACAACUGUUCCCGUUCCAGUGCCAGUACCUAUAUUUUUGCCUACUCCACCAGAGAGUAAUGAAAAAAUUCCUGUAGUACCUGAAGAGUUAAAAAAUAGAGUAUGUUCAGAUCCCCUUGCUGGUGAGUUGCUUACAAUGACAGCAGAUAUAAUGGCUGAGGAAGAAGAAAAAACAGAAGCUACUGACAUUAACAGUGUAAUUAUUGAAACAGAUGUAAUAGUAGAUACAGAUGCCAUGAAGAAUUCUGACACAGAAACACAAGCAAAUAUGCCUGAUGUUCCAUACGAACCAGACCUCGACAUCGAAAUCGAUUUUCCUAGAGCUGCUGAGGAGCUUGACAUGGAAAAUGAAUUUCUAUUACCACCUGUCUUUGGGGAAGAAUAUGAGGAGCAGCCACGACCUCGGUCUAAAAAGAAGGGAGCAAAGAGAAAAGCUGUAUCAGGAUACCAGUCCCAUGAUGAUAGUUCUGACAAUUCGGAAUGCAGCUUUCCUUUCAAAUAUACAUAUGGUGUGAAUGCAUGGAAACACUGGGUCAAAACUAGGCAACUUGAUGAAGAUCUACUGGUAUCAGAUGAACUGAAAUCCACUAAGUCAGUAAAGUUAAAAGAGGAUCUGCUAUCUCAUACUACAGCUGAACUUAAUUAUGGGUUGGCCCAUUUUGUCAAUGAAAUCCGAAGGCCAAAUGGAGAGAACUAUGCACCUGACAGCAUCUAUUAUCUUUGCCUUGGCAUCCAAGAGUACUUGUGUGGUAGUAAUCGAAAAGACAACAUAUUUAUUGAUCCAGGUUACCAGACAUUUGAACAAGAAUUGAGUAAAAUUCUUAGAAGUUGGCAACCAAGUAUACUUCCAGAUGGGUCAAUUUUUUCUCGUGUUGAAGAAGAUUAUCUCUGGAGGAUUAAACAGCUAGGAUCACACUCUCCAGUAGCUCUUCUGAACACAUUGUUCUACUUUAACACUAAAUAUUUUGGCCUGAAAACAGUGGAGCAACAUUUAAGGCUUUCCUUUGGCACCGUAUUUAGGCAGUGGAAAAAAAAUUCUGUAACAAUGGAAAACAAAGCAUGUCUUCGAUACCAAGUGUCUUCCUUAUGUGGAGCUGAUAGUGAAGAUAAAAUUACUACUGGAAAAAGAAAACAUGAAGAUGAUGAGCCAGUAUUUGAACAAAUUGAAAAUACAGCCAAUCCUUCUAGAUGUCCUGUGAAAAUGUUUGAAUGCUAUCUAUCAAAAAGUCCACAGAAUCUUAAUCAAAGAACGGAUGUUUUUUAUUUGCAACCAGAGUGUUCAAGUUCAACAGACAGUCCUGUCUGGUAUACUUCUACUUCACUGGACCGAAACACAUUGGAAAAUAUGCUUGUACGGGUUCUUUUAGUAAAAGAUAUUUAUGAUAAAGACAAUUAUGAACUGGAUGAAGACACGGAUUAAAAUAAACUUCGGAAGCAGUUGGGAUAAAACAGCAUUAGAUAGUCAUGCUGCUAGAUCUUUAUUAUGGAAAACGUUUCAAGUUUACUCCUUCUGUUUUGAGUUUUGUAGCAGUGUACCCAUACUGGGUAUUACCAUGUAAAUAAUCUGUGAGUGAAAGUUGCCAUUAUUCUAUGUAGUGGUUUUAGGAUACUUAACAAACACAUUCAAAUUCUUUUUUUUUUUUAUUAUUUAUUUGAUUAGGUAUGUUUGUAACUUUUUACAUUACAAAAUAUGAAUGAGAAUGUGCCAUGUGUAAUUUCUUUUCUUGUAGUAAGAAACAUCCAUAUUGCACAACUCCACUGUCGCCAAGCUUCCUUGGAAGGGGGCUCUUUUACCGGGUUCUUAACCCAGUGGCUGUCUAUGGGUUAGCACUACUAAAGUUUAGAACUUGCAGUGUCUUUCAGAAUUUUUAAAUAAACUGUAAACUAAUAGUUUUUUUUUUUUUUACUUUUUAGUUUCUGAAGCCUUACAAGGUUAUGUAGAGAGAUUCCAUCUUAUGUACCAAAAAUAGACAAAAGAAUGCUGUCAAUAUUGGUGUACUGUAAUGUGAAUCUAUACUGGUGAAAACAACUCUCUUGUUCCCCUCAUUAAAACCUUAGUGUCCUUUCCUCAUUUGUGACUUUCUGCAUCGCCCCAAUAAAUAAAAUAAAUAUAAAGAAUGACUAUAAGUUUAAAGCACAUACUCAUCAAGACAUUUACUUUGUAAAAAUGUCUGAUGAAAUUGCUGUAACUGUCUUCUGUUUUCACUAGCCAAGCAUAAGUACCCGAAUAUCCUUAGCAUUCUAUUGUAGUUUUUUUUUGCCCCAUGUAAAUGGACCAUAAUGCAGUAUUAGCUGGAAUAAUCUGAAACUUUCCCAGUCUAUCUCUUGAGUUCACUUAUCUGCACUCAAAAAUAACUGAUGAAAUAUUAUAUUGAGUAGAGUUGUUUCAAGCAAUACAACCCCAGAAGCAGUAGUUAACAAAAGUUGGGCUUAUGUAAAUAAGAUGGUCUCACAUUUUCAGAAUUACCAGUGUGGUAAUUCUGAUACUUUGGAUGCUUGUUAGUACAACUCAUUAAUGUCUAGAGUUCAAAUAUUAAUAGAGAACAAUGAAAGAAAGGAUUAAGGUGUAUCUCAGUGGGAAUCAUAUCUGCUGUUAGAUUGUCUUUUAAAAUUCAAAUUACUUCUUAUAGAAGAUUACAUUAAAAGGCUUUGUGCUUCUGCGUAGCAAUUUAUACUUUAAGACCCUUUCUUUGAAAAGAAAGAAGUUCAUUUAAAAUUGUACUUUCCCAGGAUACUGAGAAAAAUGCUAAUUGCAGAUCAUCAGUAAGAACAUAUGGCUAACUAAGCAUAUGUGUAGUAAUAUUUUCUUUAUAGUUACUGAAACAUCAUGAUAACUAAUGUAGAUUAUUUUGCUUGCGGGGAAAAUCAAGCUUAUUCUCCACAGUGCCCAAGAAAUUGCUACAUAUUCCUAGAAUAUUCUGCCCUCUUUUGUCAGAAAGAUAUUUAGUAUACCUUACAAAAAUAUUCAUCAUUUAGAAAAAAUUCACAGGUACAGUGAUAAUAUAUACUCAGGCAAUAAUUAUUUGAAUUGUUUUGGGCUUAUGAAACUUACUUUAUAAUGCUCCAUGUCCUUGAGAUUUUUAAUAAGUCUCGAUAACUUUUCUAUUCCUUAAUGUGUUUUAUAUUUGUUGAUUAAAAAAAAUCAGGUUGCCAGUAGCAAAUCUUGAUAGCACUUUUCUAAAAUAGAUUGCUACUUUUCUAUUUAACUGAGUAAGCAGGUCCCAGUUUAUAAUGCAAAAAAUGACUGUCUCAAUCUUUUCCCAAUUUUUAGAACAUUAAUCAUAAUCAGGCCCUUACAAAUACUUACACUUUAGCUACAUAUUGAUGACAUUAGAAAAUAGUUAAUACAAAUACCCUUUUAUUCCACAUAAAAUGGUGCUACUAAUCUAUCAAGGGCAAUAAUGUUUUUUUUUCCAAAUGUCUUCUAACAUGCAGUUAACCAAAUAUAAAUAAUUGGCAUGAUAUCAGUGAGCAAGAAGGUUCUGCCAUACUGCUAUUUACAUUAACCAUUUUUUUCCCCCACAAUUUUAAUGAUGAUUCAAAAAUAUCUAUUUUCUUGAAUUGGCAAUAUAAUUCAGACCUUGACACAAUUCAAGAUUUAAAUUAUAAACUUUAUUUUAGCCCAGCAAUUGUUUAUUUUCCAAAAUUAGUUAAUUGUAAUAUGGAAGUUUUACUAGUCUGAGGUUCUUCUUCCAAACCACAUUUCCUUUCAUUCCUGGGUUGUUGUUUGUGUAGUUAUAGAUGCCAUUGAGGACAUGGAGGUUCUCUAUUGUUCUUUGGUGAUUUUUGAAUGUAGCAUUUGGUAAACAUGACUUUGCAUUGUCUUAAAUAUGCUGGGCUGUGAGAGCUGCUGGAUUUUCUUUGGGGUGGGGGCGGGAGCUUGUUCACAGAGUAUAUUUUGCCAUCAUUGAGUACAAGUUAUCCUCACCACAUUAAGUAAAAUGAUUUUCUUAGAUAA